GUUUGUCUGUGGUUAGUGCUCUAGCUCUUUUAAGGUUAUAUAUGUCUGAAGAAAAUGAUUUAGUUUUAGUUGUUAUUGAAUUAUUGCCCUAGUUCUAAUGCCACCACUGUCUUAUUAAGUAGUAAUUACAUAUAUAUCAUAAAAUAUCAUGGAGUUGCAACAAGAAACAUCGCAAGAGAAUUCUCAUUUAAAGGCCUUAUUGAAUAGUCCACCUAAGGCACCACAUUCUGCACCAAAUUGGACUCCCCCUUAUGUAUCACCUUCAAAUCUUGAAAAAUCGAAUUCUACCAUGCUUGUUGCAAUCCCUGGCGGUGGUGGAGAACCAAAUACCACGAUUACUUUUCAAAAUUGUGUUGCAACGGUUUCAUUAGAUACUCAAUUAGACCUGUCUGUAAUUAAUGCAAGGACUAGAAAUUCUGAAUAUAACCCUGCAAGAUUCCAUGGAUUAGUUAUGAGAAUCCGUGAACCCAGAACAACUGCCUUAAUUUUCAGAUCUGGCAAAAUGGUAUGUACAGGUGGACGUAAUGAACAAUCCAGCCUUUUAGCACUGAAAAAAUUUGCCAGAAUCAUACAAAAAUUAGGUUUUAAUAUAAAGUUUGAAGAAUUCACAAUACAAAACUUAGUAGCUACAUGUGAUCUCAAAUUCCCAAUAAAACUGGAGAACUUGAAUCAAAUGCAUAACCAAUUUAGCAGUUAUGAACCAGAAUUAUUCCCCGGACUUAUAUAUCGCAUGAUCAAACCCCAAUUAGUCCUUUUAAUAUUUGUCAAUGGAAAAGUUGUUUUCACAGGAGCGAAAACUAGAAAUGAUAUUAAGGAAGCACUUGAUAAUAUUUAUCCAAUAUUAAGAAGUUUCCGUAAAAUAAAAAUAUGAAACUAUAAGAAACUACUGAAUCAAAUGUUUGUUUUAUUCAUUCCUUUGUAAAUACUUGUUAAUAUUUGUAUUUUACUAUUUAUUAUGGCUUGUAAUUUUGUGAUAUGUUGGAAAUAUAUUUUUUAUUAUUA